UUUAGGACCGAUAUAAUCUGAUCACCUUCCGUCAAGCGCGUCAGCAUCCCUCUCAUCUCAUCCUCUUCUCUAUCACCUCAUCUAACCCCCUCUCCCCCCAGACCACACAUCCAACAAAAUGUCCGCCCCCCACCGCUUCGACCCCACCUUCACCGACAAUGUCAUCAACGCAAUGGGCCCCAAAACGACCCCGCGUUUCCGCCAACUGAUGACCGGACUGAUCCGCCAUGUCCACGAUUUCGCCCGCGAGAACGAAGUCACCGUUGACGAGUGGAUGGCCGCCGUGAAUUUCAUGAACUGGGCGGGUCAAAUGAGCGACGACAAACGGAAUGAGGGACAACUUGUGACGGAUGUGAUAGGAUUGGAAUCGUUGGUCGACGAAAUAACCUACACCCUCGCCUCCGAAGCCCAAGACGCCCCCACCGCCACCGCCAUCCUGGGCCCCUUCUUCCGCGCCGACACCCCCUACCGCCAAAACGGCGAGAGUAUCGUGCGCACCCCCGUCGCGGACGGCGAGAUGGCGUACAUGCACGGCCGGGUGGUGGACCACGCCACGAAGCAGCCGCUGGUGGGCGCGACGGUCGAGGUCUGGCAGGCGAGCACCAACGGGCUGUACGAGCAGCAGGACGCCGCGCAGGAGGAGUUUAAUCUGCGGGGGAAGUUUCGGACGGAUGAAAAUGGGCGCUAUGGGUUUUAUUGUUUGCGGCCGACGCCGUAUCCUGUUCCUGAUGAUGGACCCGCAGGAAAACUCCUCGAGUUGAUGGACCGGCAUCCGUUCCGGCCGGCGCAUAUCCAUAUCAUUGCCACCCAAGAAGGGUACAAACCCCUCACAACACAGAUCUUCGACCGCAAGGACCCCUACCUCACCAAUGACUCGGUCUUCGCCGUCAAGGACUCCCUGAUUGUGGACUUUGUCGAGCGUAAGGACGACCCUCAAGCUGGUCUUGAGUUGGAGUAUGAUGUCAAGUUGGCGGCGGCGCCCGCGUCAAACUAGACCCCUUCUCUUGUGAGAAGGUUGGGUGUACAUGGUUGAGAGAAUUAGCAGGUGUGCUGUACCUGGUAGGAGAGAUUCAUUUUAUGUAUAUAGUAAUUCAUAUGAUACCGACUGUUUCAAUUCC